CCCGAACAGUGAUGAAUGAAUCGCUGCGUGGGCGAUAGUGACGUAAACACAAACAGGGAUACUAAGCUCCGAGAUCUAAUAAGAGAACAGCUGGUAAUGUUGGAUUGGGGAGAUGCCAAGGGAUGGACGAAAACAGAAUUUUUAAUGGAUUUUAAGAGUGACGUUGAGGCCCGUGUAUUCAUACACGAUGAGCUGAAGAAUAAAGAUACUGGAGAUGAAACAUCGAGUGACACUUACAUUUUUGAAAAGGGAGAAAAGAUCACCGAUCUCGAUUUGGAGCUUGCUGCUGAAAUAGGAAAAGCACUUCUUGAAAAGAACAGGGAGCUUGAGUUUUUGUUCAGGUCAACACUUGAAUCCAAGGAAGAAUAUUUAUUGAGAACACAGUUUUUGGAAAACCAGGUUGAACUGUUACGUGAAACAAUUGAAGAUCAGGCCAAAGCUUCUGAGCAAUACGAGCAUCAAAUCUUAGAAUUAAAUGAUAAAUAUAUGCAACUUCAGGUUGAUUAUAAAACCCUGAACAAUAAAAACAACAGAUUUUGGGAUACAAUUGAAAGUCUUGAGAAGAAAUGUGAAACAUACAAAUGCACAAUUGAAUCUUUAGAAGAAGAAAAGAAUGAACUAUUAAGAAAAGAGACUGCUGUGAAUGGUCAGUCAUCAGAUUCCACAGAAGACUCCAAUUUAAAUGAAGAGCACAGGUCUAGUUUUUCAUUGAUUUUAGAAUUGGAGGAGAAAAUUGAACAUUUACAAGAAACAAUAAAGGAUUUCAGAGUACAUCAAGGAAUAGAUAAUAUUGAAAAGGAAGAACUGAAAGCAGAACUUGAAGAUAUCUCAACAGAAAAUCAACUGUUACAGCAUCAAGUGCUAUUACUUGAAAAUGAGGUCGAGGAGUGGAAAGUGGUAUGCGAAGAAGCACAAAAGUAUAAGCUCCUUGCAGAUAAAUAUAGUCAAAGUUAUAAUUUAAAGACAACAGAAAGCAAGAAAAAUGUCAAAACUCAAAAGACUUUAUCAAGCAAAGCAUUCUCACAUGAGGUUUUGAAUGAUUCACCGCUUUGUGGAGCUACAGAUUUAUUUGAGACAAAACAGAGGUAUUUGUCAUCUUCUGUCACACAGAUAAACCAACCAUCAAGGGAUCUGUCAGUUUUAUCAGAGAUGGACAAUCAGUAUCACAGUCUUGUAAAGCAGUAUGAGAAUUUGCUGAAGAAAUAUCAACAUGAAACAUCACCUGGUAGUUUAAAGAGGUCAGAGAAAGUGCAGAGAGCUAUUCAGACAUUGUCUUGGGAUUUUGCUAAUUUAGAUAUGCAUUUUGGCCAACGAAAAGAGAAUGAGGAGAAUGUCAGUGAAGAAAAGUCAGUGUGUGUUGGAAGCGACCAAGGACAUGAGCAACACAUUGAUUUCCGAAAAUUGUUUGUUGAAAUUUUCGCAAAACUAAAAGAGUCAAAGGAUUUUCAGCCAGAGACAACAUCAAAUGAAUAAUAAGUCCAAAGUAACAAUUGAAACACUCAUUUACCAAGUCUUGCAAAAAUAUUCAUUCCAAUGGAUUAGGCCUCAUGUCAUGAAUGCUCUGUUUUUUAACAUUUGGUAUUUAUCUGUCCACUUGCUUAUCAAAUGUGCAAGACAUUGUUACAAUAUGCACACUUUUUAUUUUAAUAUGUAUAAAUUUUUAGUUUUGAUAUUUAUGCCACUGACAACAUGCAUUACAAACUGAGUUACAUUUUAUAAACUAAAAAAGUUUCUGAAUUUGCAAGGUCAUGACAUUUUUUUCAUAUAUAUUUAUUGCUUUUUCAUUUAAGACUGCUAGCAAGACAACUGCAAGAGUAUGCAUUCAUUAUAACAACACAAUCUAACACAAGUAUCAGCAUAUCAAAAGAUCUUAAUUGAAAUUCAAUAUACAAUUUUGCCUAAAUUACUCAUUAGUACUAAAUAUAUACAUGAGAACUUUUGCAACAUUAACUUACUUCAGAUUGAAUGCUUUAAUAAGGAGAAACAAUAGUUUCUUAAACCUUUGCAUACUUUGAGAUUUUUGCUGUUGUGUGUUGUGUGUGAGUGUUAUAAUAAUCAAAGUAAUUUUUAGUACCUGUAUUAACAUUAUACAGGAUGUAGAGUGAACUUAAUAUAUGAAUAUAUUUGUGUGUAAU